AUGGCUUCCUCGCCGUCGCUGCUGGUGCUAGUCGUCGCCCUGCUGGCCGUCUUCUCACCAGCCGUUCUCGCCUCCGGCCGGGAGGAGCGCGCGCGCAUCCGCGUCUACGUGCACGAGCGGUUCUCGGGCUCUAACGCCACGGUGGGUUCCGUGGCGGCGUCCCCGCUCGGCGACAACUCGACGUUCGGCGAGGUGGGCGUGGUCGACGACGUGCUGCGGGCGGGGCCGGACCCGUCGUCGCGGGAGGUCGGGCGGUACCAGGGCCUCUUCGCCGGCGCGGACCUCGAGGACGCGAGCUACUUCUCCGCCAUCACGCUCGUGUUCACCGCCGGCGAGCACCGCGGCAGCACGGUGUCCCUGCAGGGGAAGUACGGCUUCCCCGUGGACGGGGCCCUCGAGCGCGUCGUCGUGGGCGGCACCGGCGGGUUCAGGAUGGCGCGCGGCUUCUCCAUGCUUAAGGUCGUCAGCAACACGCCGGAGGCCGACGUGUUCCAGCUCGACCUCGUCGUCUUCACGCCCCGCCGCCGAUAAUAGCUUGGUCGUGCGCGGUGAGCAGAGCAUGUGAACGUUUCGU